CCAUUCAGUCAGCGACGAGGAGUUCCGCGUGGAGGGUCCGCCCUGAGGCGGUGCAGCUGGUGGAAGGCCAGUGUUGAGCUGAGCCGCCUGAGGUCCUGGAAGGUCUGUUUGCGCUCGCAGGCUUACGUUAAAUAAUUGCCACCGGUGAUUCGAGUCACGUUGCCGACGUGCCCGUGUUCCGCCGCCCCCUGGACCUGGCGGCGGAAGCGCGUUCGGGUGAGCACUGCGAGAGAACCGGGUGGGCCGCGGGUGGAGUCGGGGCUCGGGCUCCUAAAGUGUCCCCCGGAAGCCUCCUUUGUGUGGAAAGUGAUUGAGUGUUGGGGGCGCUCUACUCAUCGGUGGUGUGUUUCAUGGCUGGCUGCUGUUCCGGAGGUUGGGGCCCGGUUGACUGGAAGGGUGUUUUCUCGUCGCUUGCCCCUCUCCUGUCUCCACUUCCUGGCUUCUGUGCGGUGAGCAGCUUUCCUCCGCCAUGCGUUUAACCCGCGCCAACUUUUGCCUUGGAAUCAGGAGCCCUUCUGUGUAGGGAGCCAGGCUUCCUUCUUCAAGAAGAGAUAAAGGAGGACAGGAUGGUGGCUGACUGCCUGACAGGCUGCUAUCAGGACUCGGUGACCUUUGAGGAUGUGGCCCUGGACUUCACCCAGGAGGAGUGGGUUUUACUGGACCAGAGUCACAGAGAGCUGUACAGAGAGGUGAUGCUGGAGAACUACGAGAACCUGACCUCCGUGGGUGCAGGGGCUGAGCUAGUCAAGCCUAGUCUGAUCUCCUGGCUGGAACACAAGGGGUCCUGGAGGACGGAGCAGGAAGGAGAUGCCCCCGAAUGGAAAAUGCAACUUAGGAGCAGAGAGUCAACAUUUGAGCAAGGUGUUUUGACAGAGCAAACUGCCAGUGAGAUACUAAUGGCGGGCAUCCACGGUGCAGGGCAGAUUGGUGACCAGAAGCACUGGGGAGAAAUCUUAAGUGAACACUCCUAUUCCAAGACACACAUGACCACCCAAAGUUCAAGGAGCUCUUGUGACUCUGGCCAGGAUGGAAAACCCUUUUCUACUCUGAAGGUGACAGCUUCUACUGAACAGAAUUUUUCUGCAUUAAACGAAUGUGCAAUGGCCUACAGCGCAACUCCAAAUGCUGCUUUCCAGAGGAUGAGCUUGCAGCAUAGAUCUUUCAGAUACAGUGACCGUCCCUUCCUUAGUAAGUCAUGCUUUCAGACACAUGUGAGAAAUCACAACGGGAACAAGGUUUAUGAAUUCAAGCUAUUUGCAAGAGAUUGUCUGUGUUCCCAAAGUGGAGCUGUCCCUUUUCGAAUGUAUACUAUCAAAGCCUACGAAUGUAAGGUCUGUGGGAAAGUCUUUGGGUUUUCCUCUCACCUUAACAGCCACAUGCGAACCCACACUGGAGAGAAGCCAUAUGAAUGUAAGUUUUGUGGGAAAGUCUUUGGGUAUUCCUCAAACCUUAACAACCACAUGCGAACCCACACUGGAGAGAAACUCUACAAAUGUAAGGAAUGCAAGAAGUCCUUUACAACUUCUUCGAGCCUAAUACAGCAUUUCAGAAUUCAUACUGGAGAGAAGCCCUAUAAAUGUAAGGAAUGUGGGAAAGCCUUCACAAAGCGCUCGGGCCUUGCUACACAUGUGCAGACACACACGGCAGAGAAGCCAUAUGUGUGCAAGGCGUGUGGCAAAGCCUUCAGUGUUUCUUCAAACUUAACUGAACACUUCAGAAUUCAUACCGGAAAGAAGCCCUGCCGCUGUAAUGAAUGUGAGAAAGCCUUCAACAGUUCCUCCAAUGUACCGAAAAAUGUAAGAACUCACAACGGAGAGAAACCUCGCUUCCCUGGAACGAUAUGAUGUAACAAAUACAAACAAACGUCAGUGUUUCCUGGAGAUUUAAUAAAUGUAUAAAGUCUUGUAGUGGAGGAGAACUCUGUUAAUGUAUAAGAUGUUGAAAAGUUGUAAUUCUGCUAAACACUUUGAUGUUCACUUGUGAUAUCAAAGUGGAAAAACAAUUUUUUUAAGGUAAGGAAAGGUACAAAAUCAUUUCAUAUUUUUAUUGUAGUACGACAAACUGAACUCAGGGCCUUAUGCAUACAAGCAAGCACUCCACCAGUAAGCUACAUGCCAAGACCCUUUUAUUUUGAGAUGGGGCCUCAGUUGCCCAGGCUGGCCUCAAACUUGGAAUUCUGCCUCAGCCUCCCAAGUAGGCGGGACUCUGCUACAAAGUUGUUUCCUAUAUGUCAUUCCACAAACUCAUAACAUGGAGGACUGUAACAAGACAAAAACACUUUCUAACAGAGGAAUUGCAUCUCGGUGUCCUGAAAUCUUGGGUGCUGACAAUGGAUAUAGCCUUCUGGAUGAUGUUUCUUAGUUGUUUUGUUUUGGUUUUUAUUUGUGUUUUUGAAACAGGGUCUCGUGCAAUUCAGGCUGGCCUUGAGCUCCCUUUGUAGCCCAGGCUGGUCUGGAGCUUGCAGCAAUCCUCCUGCAUCAGCCUCGAGUGCCCCCAUGCCUGGAUUGGAUGGUCUGUUUUGAAUAUUUGUGAUUCUUUCCUGGUUAUUCCUGGGUUUAUAAGUCACUCCUGUGUAGUGCCAAUAUUCAGCUCAAGUUGCUAUACCUUACAGGUUCCACCUGGUCAAAAAUGAUACAUAGAGGGCUGGGGAUUUAGCUCAACAGCAAAAGCACCUGCCUUGCAAGCAGGUGGUCGUGAGUUCGAUCCCCAGUACCGAUAAAAAUGACAGACAAAAAAAAAGAUACCAAGGGCAUGAAUGUAUCUUUCUGCCUGUAGUAUCCAUAGCACUGAAGUACACCCCCGAGUUCUGUUUUACCAGUAUGGGUUCUAUGGGGUUUGUGUUAAAGAUGAUUCAUCUGCAGAAGCUCACAGCAACCAAGUUUUCAAUCUGAUUCAGCUAUCAAGUUUGUUACAUUGUCCUUGUUUCAGAUUAAAGACCAGGGCCUGCCAGGAGUGAGAGAGAAGCUGAGUGAAAGCUGGUAGGGAGAGACCUCACUUUCAUGAUCAUAGAAAAGACAGCUACACUCUUCAUUCUUCACACUGGGACUCCCAGUAACAUUGGACAAACACAGGAAGGGAGUGAGGGUCUUAAAGUUUCUUUUUCUCUCUAGAUCUGUUCCACAGAUUGCCAAACUCCCCACCCCACCCCGGUACCAGGGAUUGAACUCACGACCUCGUGCUUGCAGUACAGGUAUUGAUGCUGCUGAGCUACAUCCCCAGCCUGGGAAAACAAUCGAGUCAAGCAGAAACUCCAGCUGACAGUAGUAACCUCCUCUGAUUUGUCUUUCCAUGCUCUAUGGAAACAAAACCUAUUAACAAGUCUGAUGGCACAUACCUGUAAUUCCAGCACUCAAGAGACUGAGGCAGGAGGAUCGCUAUGAGUUUAGGACCAGCCUGGGCUUCAUAAUGAGUUCAAAGCCAACCUAAAUUAUAUAGGAACACCCUGUUUUUAAAAAUUACAUAUAUAUACACACACAUACAUGCUGAUUGUCCUAUACCAUGUUUCUUGGUGCUGGAAAUCAUGAUGACACUUCUGAAUGUGGCCUUUAGGUACAGACAUUCCCAGUAAAUCAGAUUGCAGUCUCAGGGUCAAAAUAAUUAUAUAUAGCUGGGUUAUGGAUUAUGUUGUGAUGACCAUAAGAGCUGUUUGAAGGCUCUUCAGCCAACCAGUGAGCUAUAACCCAAAACGAGGCAGAUAGUAAAUCCUGAACAGAAGGGACCUGCAUACCUUUUGUUUUUAUUUUUUAAAGAGGAAAAAAAGAAAACCGGAAAAAUCAAAUAGCAAAAGAAAAAAAAAAAAGUGAAACAACUGUACCCAUACAGGAUUUCAAAGCAAGAUGAUCGGAAUUUAACAGUGUUCGUUACAUUGUUACCAGAUACAGAAAUAAACCACAAUAAAACAGAACAAAACAACAGAUUUUAAAAAGAAGACAAGGAAACCCCCCACUGUUGCUAUAAUGCAUAUAGUUGCCCUUCAAAUAAAUGCUCAAGACUACCAGCUUUACACCUGCAAAGUCAAUAAAAUAAUACAAGAAUUAAGGAGGGGCCAAGGUUUGGUUCAGUUUUUGUUUUUUUACCUCAGCUGCUAUCAUCUCGGCCUGAGUUCCUCCGAAUCAGCCAAACCAGCUGCUCGGGGAGGGGAGCCUUGUUACUUUCCUUGUCUCCCACCCUGUGCACCACUUGGCUAACAGGAAAGUCUUGUGGGUUGGCUUGUUGGUUUUCCUCCCAGCCUGCAUGGCCGCCUCAGUCACAGGAAGGCUUGAUGAUCUGAAAUAAGAUACUCCCUGGGAACCUGUUCAGAGCUUCCUGACUAUUCGCAAGUGUGGGAUUGUGGGUUAAGUGUGUACUGCAGGCUUGGCUCACGGUUGAGUUUAGACUCGUGCUCAUCAUAAUGACAAAUGAUAGCCUGGUGUCACAGCUCAGUUUUCUCACUGCUAAUGGACACAGUACCAAGACCUCACCUUUGGAGAUGACUUUCCUCUCUCCAUUGGCGAGUACAGAUUCAUCAGACCCUCUUCUGUAGACUGUCCAUGGGCCAGAGCUCUUUGGGCACAAAAUGUACACAAAAGCAUUGCUUUGGUAUUUGGGGUUUUGUGUAUGCCUAGCUUACUACUGUGCUGCCCAUGUCUUAGUUACUUUUCUCAUUGCUGAGACAAACUACCUGACACCCAAAGUUAAAGGAGGAAAGGUUUAUUUGUUCACAGUUUGUAGAGGUUUCAGUCCAUUAUCGGCUGGCUCCAAGUCAGUGUCGCGGCAGAGGGACAUCACAGAGGAGAAACAGUCCAAGGCAAACAGGCAGGACAGAGCAGAAGCAAACCAGCCACGAGCCCCUUUGAGUCCUUACAGCUUAUCCAGGACCCUCACCCUUAGUUAGGGUAGGCAGCCUCAUACCCUUAGUCCCAGCAUCACACACUACAGCCAGCCACCUCUGAGAAAGCCCCAAUUAGGACCCACACGGGUUAGAGUGGGCAUUGAAAUAGCCAUGACCACCUAUGGUUUUAAUGUAAUCUCGGCCAAAACGUACAGCUCUGUACCCCUUGCCCAGCAUGAAGGUUGAAGGGGGUACUCCUCCAGGUACUAUCUGAAAAUUGUCAGAUGUUUUCCGUUUCCCCAGGAGACUACCAAACACUAACACCCCACAGGGAAGAGUGCUGUCUUCUUGGUGCCUUUCAGUAGCCCUUAGCGAUUUCCAUGUUGAUCUUACUCAUUGUGUCAGAUUCAAAGAAAACCAUUUAUUUUUAUGUUUUUCUAGUGCAUGAGUUUAUAACAUCAAACAGAAAACUCCAGAGCUGUCACCUUAAUGUCACAUACACUUUUAAUACUUUGCAACACUGCAGAGAUAAUAGUUAUUCAUGUUAUCUUUGUUUUUGAUCAAUAUGAUGUAUAUUGAAGAGCAUGGUUAUAGCUAGGCCUACAAAUAUUUUUCUACCUACCUUUGUUACUUUCCUAAUAAAGUGUUGUGUGGGUCCUGUGGGGCUA